AAAAAAGAAAAUAAAAAAAAUAAGAAAAACCCAAACUUUGUUGUUAAAUCUCCGCAGCUUAAAACUAGCUAAAUCCCCUGCCAUAGGAGAAAGAGAUCCUACCCUGUAUUUUUCUUUUUUCUUUUUUUCGACUUACAAAAACAUUAUAGUGAAACGAUCUAAUUUUUAAAUAUAUUUAAGGCUCAUGGUUCUUUUUUCUUAAUAUAUUAUAUUGAAAGGUCUCCAUCGAUCGACCAUAUCUCCUACAACUCUAGUUGGCUAAUGAGUACUUGUCCUUACUAUCUGCCUAUAAAUAUGCAUUGUCGCACAACAUCUCAAUGCACACAACUAUAUAUAUUUUAGUAUAUCCAGAGUUCAUGACACACUUGAUAAAUAUUUCUCAGAAAAUCAUGGUAUUCUUUCAGUUGUUGAGUCUGCUUCUCUUCUUCCUUCCUUCUCCAUCAACCUCUUUACCUUCUCUGCCUUCUCCCUUUGCCCGUCCUUCGCCACUGUGUCAUCCCCAUGAAAGCACUGCUUUGCUCCACUUCAAGAACUCCUUUUCCAUAAUCAAUUAUAGUUCUUAUUAGGCUGAGUACUAUGGAAUUGCUAAUCCUAAUAGUACAAUGUCUUGGAAUACGAGCAGGGAUUGCUGCACAUGGAGUGGAGUCACUUGUGAUGAAGUCACAGGUCAUGUCGUUAGGCUUGAACUUGGAUGCAGCGGGCUUCAAGGCAUUAUCCACUCCAACAACAGUUUGUUCCUUCUCACUCAUCUUCAAACUCUUAUUCUCUCCCAUAAUUCUCUCCAUGGUUCUGAAAUCUCACCCCAAUUCGGCAGCUUUUCAAGUAUGCUUCACCUUGACCUUUCUUACUCUGGUUUCACUGGCCAAGUCCCUCUAGAAUUCUCUUACUUGUCUCGUUUGAUUACACUUAAACUAGGUCAAUUUUACAGUUUGAGACUAGAGACUUUUAGUUUGAAACGAAUUGUUGCAAACUUAACAAGUUUGAGAGAGUUGUCGUUGAGAUAUGUCAAUAUGUCUUCUGUCUCUUGUAAUUCCUUUAUGAAUGUAUCGGAGACAUUGAUAUCUCUUGAUUUGAGUGCUACUGAAAUGAAAGGGGAAUGUCCAGAAAAUAUUUUUCUCCUGCCAAACCUUGAAGAGCUCACACUAUCGUACAAUUAUUAUCUCAUUGGUUCAUUUCCUAGAUAUAAUUGGACCACCCCGCUUAGAAAUUUGAGCCUUUCUUCCACCAGAUUCCUAAUAGAUUUACCAUAUCUUACUAGGAGUUUAAAAUAUUUGAAUCAUUUGGAGGUCAGCAAUUGCAAUUUCAGUGGAUCGUUUCCUGCACUAAUGCGUGGCAACAUAACUCAAAUCACUUCCUUAGAUCUCUCUUAUAAUAGUUUUGGUGGUCAAAUCCCAUGGGAUUCUCUCAAUCUGGAGAAGCUGAAUUUUUUAAAUCUUGAAGGAAAUAAUUUUGAAGGCCAGCUCCCUCAAAUUUGUAGUAAUUCUACAAGGAAAACAUUUCUUUGUGACUUUUCAGAAAGUGAUAAGUUAGUGGGCCAUCUUCCUUUGAAUUUGAAAUCCUUGCUCUUAUCUGACAACUUACUUAAUGGGACAAUACCUUCUUGGCUAUAUUCCCUUCCGUCUUUACAAGAUUUAUAUCUAAGUUACAACCAAUUCACUGGUCAUAUUAGUGAAUUCCAGUACAAUUCUUUAGUAACUCUUGCUUUAAGUUCAAACAAACUAGAGGGCCUUAUUCCAGGAUCAAUUUUUCAGCAAGUGAACCUUUUUUGGUUACAUCUUUCAUCAAAUAACUUGAGUGGUGUCAUUCACUUAGAACAGUUCUCAAGGCUAAAAAAACUCAAAAGCCUUUCUCUUUCUUUUAAUAGCCUAUCAGUGGAUUCUAUCAACUCCACCACAUACGUUUUGCCCAAUACCCUUUGGAGAUUGGAAUUGUCUUCAUGCAAUAUCACUGGGUUCCCAUACUCUUUAAGAAGCUUGGAAAAUUUAGAAUACUUGGACCUUUCCAGCAACAGAAUUGAUGGGAGUGUUCCCCAAUGGUUGUGGAACGUUGGGAAGGAUUCAUUGUGGAAUCUGAAUAUUUCUCACAACCUCUUAACUCAUAUUGGGAAAAUUCCAUGGAAAAGUCUAUCGUAUAUUGACCUUAGCUCCAACAGGCUUCAAGGUCAUCUUCCAAUUCCACCACCUUCAACUUCUCUGUUUUCAAUCUCAAACAAUCAAUUGGUUGGAGAGAUACCUUCUCUGUUUUGCAACCUUACCCCGAUUGUAGUUCUUGAUUUGUCAAACAACAGCUUGAGUGGGAACAUCCCACCAUGCUUUGGAAAUUUUAGCAGAAUCUCAUUUUUAGAUUUGCGAAUGAAUAAGUUAUGUGGAAUGAUUCCACCAACAUUUGCAAAAGGAAACCGCUUGAGGAAUCUCAACCUCAAUGGAAAUCAGUUAGAAGGGCCGUUGCCUCAAUCUUUAGUCAAUUGUGAAAGGCUGGAAAUUUUGGAUGUCGGGAACAACAAGCUGAACGGGUCAUUUCCCCAUUGGUUGGAAUCUCUUCCGGAGCUUCAAGUUCUUAUAUUGAGAUCUAACAGACUUUCUGGUCCUCUAAGUAAUCCCAAGGUGAGAUUUCCCUUUCAAAAAUUGAGAAUCAUGGACAUCUCUAACAAUGAUUUCAACGGUACUUUGCCGACACAAUAUUUUGAGAAUUUGGUGGCCAUGAUGGAUGCUUAUGAAGAUUCCUUAGUGUACAUGGGAGAACGAGAUGUUGGUGCGAUCUAUUAUUCUGUGACAGUGACAAUUAAAGGAUUCGACACUGAGCUAGUGAAAAUACAAAAACUGUUCAUAACCAUUGAUUUCUCAAGUAAUAGCUUCACAGGAGAGAUUCCAACAGUGAUCGGGAAGCUUAAUUCACUCAAAGGCCUUAAUUUUUCUCACAACAAGCUAUCCGGUCAUAUUCCACCAUCCUUGGGAAACUUGAGCAACCUUGAAUGGUUAGACCUCUCAUUAAACGAGCUUUCUGGAAACAUCCCAUUGCAACUAGCUGCGGAGUUGUAUCAACUUCAAAUAUUAAAUCUUUCAGACAACAAAUUAGAGGGACAAAUACCUCGUGGAAGGCAAUUCGAUACGUUCAACAAUGAUUCAUACAGCGGAAACGUUGGAUUAUGUGGAUUUCCUCUAUCUAGAUCAUGCAGCAAUGAUGGUGCACAACACGAUCAAGGUGGUGUUGAUGAUGGAGAUCACAACAAUGGAAUGAUUGAUUGGAAGGUGGUGAUGAUGGGAUAUGGAAGCGGAACGGUGAUCGGAAUAUCUAUCGGAUACAUGGUCCUUUCCAGCAGAAGCUUCAAUUAUUGGUUUCACAAAAGAUUUGGAGGGGGACGACGUCGCAAAACCAAUGCUCGCUUAAGACGGAGGAGAAUAUCAAACUAGCAAGCAAAGGAAAACACAAUCGGACCAUGAGAAGUAAAUUCAGGAGGAUGCAUGAAGAGUUAUUAUUCAAAUUGGCGUACUGAGGCAUAUAUGGAUCUGAUGACAGCACUAUCUUCUUUCAUGUAUAU